AUGUUUGGUCAUUUCGCAAGACAGCUCACCACCGCAGCGACUGAUGCAGAUGCCAAGAAAGUCAUGUCUCCCACUCUGCGCGCGGACGUGUACAGCGCUGUUGACCAAGCCAAAUCCUGGGUCGCUGGUGGACAAGGCGGUGGCCAGGCUGGAGACGGUGUUUCGUACGGACCCAUUCUAGCGAUCAUCCAGAAGCAUUUCCCGGCAACCAAAAUAGGACUAGAGUCGGUUGGGAAUGUGGAGAGCGAAGUCGCUAUUAUCGUGGGGGGAGUGACAAAUAUGAUUCUGGAGUUCAGUAAAUGGGAGGGGAUGGCCGGCGGGAUGGCGAUACGCACCUGGGUCGACGCGCUUGUCGAUGCGCAUGCCAAGGCCGUGGUAAGCGCUCGCUCAGUCGGCGCGGCGAGGAAGGACAUGGUUGCGAAAGGGAUCACAAAGGGUCUUAACCAGAACACCGACAUAACGCUCAUGACGAAGGAAUUUACAUCGAAGAUCCAGAUUAUUUCCUGUUUGAAAAGCGUUAGCUCGCGAAUUUAUGGCGCUGGAACCGAUGAGGCUAGGCAGGGGGAAGCUGUGUGGAGUUCCAAAUUUAUCUGAGAAGUUCCACGGGUUCACAUGCUGAAUACAUUGAUUUGUGUCCAAAAGACAGGAAGGUGGAGCUUAGAGGCUCUUGAGAAAUUACACUAACAGGAUAGAUAAACGGGUAUGUGGAUCCGAAAAGUAAAUGACUGUUGAUGAAGAUGCGUGAUGUGUUAAUUAUCUGGAUAGGGUGUAUGUUAGGACUGCCGGCCAUGAGGUAGAGAGAAGGGGCACGCACGCAAUGAAAUAGCUAGAAAAACAAGAAAGCGAGGGCGCGAGUAGUGAGAGUUGGAUUGAUAUAGUCCUAUGAAUACACAGGCUACUUUUACAUGAUUUUUACUGACGGAAAGGAAAAAAAA